UACUUAUUCUUGUGUUAUUAGCGAAACUACUCACUACUGAGUCCUUAACAUUACUGUCUAUGUCUGUAAUCAUAAUAACAAACAGCAAUGCAACUAACACCGUACCUUGUGACACACCGGAUAUUACCUUAGCUUCAUCUGAUUUUUUAUCAUUUGCACUCAGUAUCUGUUUUCUGUUUUGCAAAAAUUCUUUUAUCCAUCUUCCUACUUUGUCCACAAUAUUAUGUUUUCUAAUUUUCUUCACUAAUAUAUUAUAGUCUACCUUGUCAAAGGCUUUUGCAAAGUCUGGGUAAACCACAUCUGUUUCUUUUUCGUUGAUCAUAUUUUUAUAUUUGUUCUCACGGUGGACUAACAGUUGGGUUUGAGUACUUUUUCCAGGUGUAAAACCAUGUCCUAUAUUAAACAAAUUAUUUUUCGUUAUAUUUUUCUUCAUUACCCUUUCAUACACUUUCAUAAUAUGUGAUGUUGGACUCGCAGGCAUAUAAUUACUUGCCUCUAAUCUUGAUCCACUUUUGAAAGCAGGGGUAAUAUAUACUAAUUUAUGUUCAUCAUAAAUCUUGCCUGUAUCUACACUUUGUCUUACUAUAGAAAUUGUAUUUUUCAUAUCCUUCCCAGUUUUUCAUCUCUUGCUUAUCUCUGGUUUCAAUUGCUUUGGAACGGACUGUUAAUUAUAUGAAAUUGUGGUCUGAAAUACUUGUAUCAUACUCUAUUAUUUCUUUAACAUAAUUCACCUUGUUCACAAAUACAUACUAGGUCUAAAAUAUUAUCCUUUCUUGUUGGCAGGUGAUUUAUUUGCUGAAUGCUGUGUUCUAGUAGCAUAUCUAAUAGCUUUUCAAAUUGCCUCUUAUCUUCUGCACUACUAUUACUCUCUUUUUUUAUAUGCAUAGAUACAACCACAAUCUCCUAUUCAUUCUUGCCAAUCUAUGAAAGAAAAGUUAUAGUCUCCGGAUAGGAGUAUAGUCCAGUCUUUGUGAUUUCUACAUAUAUCAUCCAAUUUUUCUAUUAUUAUGUCAUGCUCUUUAAUAUUAGGGGGUCUGUAUACGUAUUACGAUGUUCACUAAUUUUUCAGAUUCAAAUUCUCACAUAUUUUUCCUUGAUUUAUGUCUUUCCCAUAUAUCGUGGUUCCCCCUUGAUUCCUAUUUUUUCUAUCUGAUCUAUAAGCUUGGAUCCCCCUUAUCUGAUCAUCAUUACCAGUCUCUUGGGAAUACCAGGUUUCACUUAUAUUCAUUAUAUCUAUUUUUUCAGUUUGGAUUAGUUCUUCUAAGGACUCUAUUUUUCUUUUUGAGUUACUCAUAACUAAACCCUGAGCAUUCAUCACUAUGAUGGUUUGCGUGUUAUCCCCAUCAUUUAAUAGGGGUAAUAAAAAGGAUUUUCCCAUGUCUCUUUCCUGUUCUGAUAUGUUGUUCUUUUCUUCAUUUCCAGAAAUUCUGACAUUAAAAAAUCCAACUUUUCCAAUACAUUUGAUCUUCCAUCUUCAUAUUUAUUCAUUUUGUGUAUGUAUCUGCAUUUACCUCUCUAUCUGCACCAUCCCCUGGCAUUGUAUAUACAGUGUUUGUUUCUUACACUGUACCUAGGUGCUGAUGCCUGAAAUCUUGAUGCUGACAUUUCAUAACGAGGUGAUGGCUUGUUUUUCUCCACCUUAUAUUCUUUGUUCCUUUCCUGAUUUGCUUCAUUUUUACUUUUUUAUUAUUUAUUUGGUUUUGAAUUUUGUUCUUCAUGGCUACAGGGUGCAUAUAUCUACAUUUUUUGUUGAACUUCCUUUUCCUUCUUUUAACUUUUUGCUUAGUUUUGGAUGUAGAGUGCUGCAUUCAUCCUCAUAGCUGUCUGGGUGUGCACAUUUGCCAUAAAUCUCAUAAUUUUGACAUACCUUGGGAUGCUUGUAGUGACAUCUAUCACCGAAUCUGCAAUUCCCUCUUUUCAAAAAGGUGCAGACUGUGUCUUUCUUCUCCUUUUUUUUUCCAUCAGUAUGAAGAUCUGGGUACAGCCUCUUUAGGAUUUUAUUUUGUGUUGUCAUGUUGUAAUUUAUUUCAUUGAAUAUAUCCUGCUGUAUUGCCUCAUAUGUAGUAUCAAUGAGUAUCUCUGCAUCCAUACUCUUGCCCUGUUCUUUGUUUUCAUUAUUUUUCUAUCACUUCAGUUUUAUUUUCUUCUUUUCCAUUUUUCUCUUCUUCCUCUUACUCAUCUUCCUCAUCCUUGACUAUUUGCACACUAGGUCUUGAUUUAAUAACAUUAUCUAUCCAUGAUAGACAUGUUGAGCAAAAUACUCUUGUGUCCUUACUUGUAUUUUGCUGGACUAAUGCACAUUGAGGAUGCAUAGGUACAAGACAUGCAUAGCAUUUCCUGAUCAGGUUUUGUGGAUUUACAAUGCUAUACCACACCUUACACAGUUUACAUGCUUUAAGCCUUUAUUUUCUUAUUGUAUCAAUCAGUAUAUUCACUAUAUUCACCUUAUUCAUUUUCUUUGUUGGAUUGUGUUGAUUGAUGUAAAUUUUCUUUAUAAGUCUCUUGCUCACUUGAAUUUUAUUUGGUACUCCUUUAAUUAUUUUCAUAAUAUUUUCUGCAGACUUGCUCCAGUUUGAAGGAUCAUAUCCUUCCAAUAUGUCUAUGAAUAUUUUUGCCUCUUUUUGGUUAGGGUUGUUAUUGAUCUCAUAGAUAAGAAAUGCUUACUCAAAGUCUCUUGAGGUUUUUGCUCGCUACCUAUCCAGACUUCUUCGAACCAGCUUUGCCUUCGUCACCGCCUUCUAUGUUCAUGAUGGACAGGAAGGUAGUAAUCGUCAGGGUUGUCGAAGCUAGUUCUUUCUCAGUCCGCCAAAUAGUGGUUGGCAAAGAAGCGGGAGUUGGGUAAAGCUUCUUUCACCUAUCCUCCUUCCAAGCUACAGAGUAAGACACCGUUUUUGAGUGACUGGAGAAGUUCCUUCCUUGGGAGUGUCUGCCUCCUCUCAAGGGAAUUUCUCUGGUUUAGUGGAUUCAAAUAGGAGAUCUGCUUUUGUGGCUGCAAAGGUGAUGUUUUCCACCCCUGAUUUUGAUCACCUUGUUCGAAACUUGUUUAAGGUAAUAAAAGUGUUUACCUUUCUGGAUUGAAAAAUGCAGCAUUAGCUAGGAAAAUAGAGGAGUGUCAGUCAAUGGAAGCAAAGUUUGCUUCGGACUGGCUUAAUGUUGCUGUGAGAGACAGUUCAGGAGAACUAGCCACUCUGUUUACGAUGGGAGUGCUUAAAAGCAGGAGUUGUGGUGUUCGUUUCUUCUCGAGGAAUGACAACUAAUCAGAAAUUGGCAUUAACGUUUUCUCCCAUAUGUAAGUCCCACCUGUUCCCAGAGGAGACGGUUCAACAGGUGUUGUCAGAUCUGGAGAAGAAAUCCUACAAUGACCUUCUGACUCAAUCAGUGAGACAUCCGAAGGAUCCUCCCGCUACAGGAGCUAAAUCUUCUCCCCUUCAGAAGCACCCUUUUUGAGGGGGGAAAGACCAGGAUUCAAAACAGACCGAGGACUAACUUGCGAACUCAAGUUAAGUCAACCACGAAGCCCCCUUUAAGUCGACUAACAAGUAAUCAGAAGGUCCUUCACACACCUAUAGGAGCAAGACUCCAUUGCUUCUUGGAGGAAUGGAGUUGGAGAGGAGCAGAGCGGUGGGUAGUGCAAGUUCUCUGAGAAGGAUAAUCGAUCCCUUUUCUUCAAGAUCCUCCACUGUCCAAUGUUCCUAUCUCUUUUGACAGCAUACUCAAAGGUAUCAGAGAGAGCUUCGGCAUUGGCCAAGGAAGUAGAGGUGCAUAUCAUCAAGCAGGUCAUAGAAGAAGUGAUAGACAAAAACUCCCAAGUUCUUUACAACAGGCUAUUUGUAGUCCCCAAGGCAUCGGGGGGCUGGAGGCCCGUACUAGAUGUAAGCGCCUUUAAUCUCUAUGUCCAAAAGACGAAGUUUCGGAUGGAGACCAGUUGGUCUGUGAUGUCUGCCCUUUAACUCUCAACAUGGAAAACCCAUAUUGUCAUGUCCCCAUUUAUCAAGAGUCAGAGAGGUUUUUGAGGUUUGUCUUCAAAGAGAGUGUUUCAAUUCAGGGCCCUCUACUUUGGAGUAACGACGACUCCCCAAGUAUUUCCCUAUAGCCUCGCUCCUCUAGGAAAAUGGCUACACCUGAUGGGGAUCAAUAAGGCCUUUUAUUUGGAUGACUGGCUCCUGCGAUCCAAGUAGAGUCGUCAGUUUAUGAAGGACAUGGAAAAGAAGUUACGCUUAACUCAACAGUUAGGACUCAUAAUAAAUCACGAGAAAUCCCAGUUGUCUCCGACUCAGAAGAUUCCCUAUUUAGCGAUGAUUCUGGACUCUAGGUUUUUGGGUUUUUCUCCCCGAAGAGAAUAGUCGUGUUUAAGGACAGUGCAAGAAUUUCUAAUUCGCCUGUCUUGCUCAGCUCUAAACUGGAUGAGUCUCCUUGGAACAUUGCAUCAGUGGAGAGUUUUGUAUCCUUAGGCUGUCUCCACAUGAGGUCUCUCCAAUUCUUUCUGAAGGUAAAUUGGAAUCGGAAGACGCAACCAGACUCGUUAAUUUUUCCUUUGACAGAAGAAAUAAAGUCAGCUCUUCGUUGGUGGUUUUCGACGGAGAGACUUCAAGAAGGAAUUCCCUAGUCCCGAUGAACUCUGACCUAGAGUUCUUCUCAGAUGCAUCAGACAGGGGAUGGGGUGCUCUCUUAGGAGACAAGAGAUUCUCAGAAUUAUGGAUGGAACAAGAGAAGACCCUACACAUAAAUGUGAAGGAGUUGAAGGUGAUUUUUCUGGGUCUGCAGGCCUUCGCUCCUCUAGUUGCUGGAAUAAAAGUAGCGAUUUAUGUGGACAACACCACAGCGCUUUCGUAUGUCCGCAAUUAAGUAGGGACACAUUCUUUCUCCCUCAACAGAGUGGCAGAAGACCUCCUUCUCUGGGCAAACAAACGCAAGAUAAUACUUUUUCCAAGGUUCGUUCAAGGGAAAAUGAACGUCUUGGUUCCAGACCCACUAGCAUGGAGAAUAGAUGCAAUGCUUCUGGACUGGAUGGGCCUCAACAUGUAUGUGUUUCCUCCCCUUGGUCUCAUAAGAGAGGUCAUCAACAAAUUACAGUCCCAUCAGAAUGUGUCGAUGAUACUCGUGGCCCCAUUCUGGCCCAGGAAAGAAUGGUUCCUGGACCUCCUCAAGCUCCUGGUGGACUUCCCCAGGCUCCUGCCCUAAGGUAGAUGUCUUCUCAAACAACCCCACUUCAACAGGCAUCAAGGGUUGUCUGCUCUGGCCCUGACAGAAUUCAGACUGUCAGGAGCCUUGUCAGAGUGAAAGGUUUUUCACGAAGAGUGGCAGAGGUUAUUGCAAAAUGUAGAUGUUUUUCUUCCAAACUCUUAUCAAUCGAAGUGAAGAAUAUUUAGAAUGUGGUGCAGACAACAUCACGUCUUUUCUUCUACGAGAUCUAUAACAGAAAUAGAAGAGUUUUUGUUAUUCUGAGGGAUACAAGGAAGCUGUCCACAUCUACUAUUAAAGGUUAUAGGUCUAUGCUUUCUUUAGUUUUUAAGCAUAGAGGCCUUGACGUUUUGAAUAAUCAGGAUAUCAGCGACCUCAUUAAAUCUUUUGAGUCUUCAAAAACUGUGAAGCCUGGGGAGGUGGAUUGGCACUUGGACUUGGUUUGAAUGUGGAUUUCCAGUCCGCAGUUUGAGCCUUUAAAUUCUUCGUCUCUGAAGGAUCUAAUGAAGAAGACUUUAUUUUUAGUCACCUUAGGUACAGCACGUAGAGUAAGUGAAAUCCAGGCUAUUAGUUAAGAGGUUGGGUUUGCUCAGAAUAACACAGUGUGUUCAUACGUUGGAGAUUUUCUGGCAAAGAACAAGGAUUCAUCGAAUCCAUGGCCUCGCUCUUUUGUGAUAAAGAACCUGACGUACAUAGUGGGACCAGAAGAGACCAGAAGAGGAGUUGAGUUGAAUAUAAAAUUUAGGGCAAAGGCCAAGCACUGGGACCUAUGUGAUCAUUCAGCGCUGAUAUGGAAAUUGGCAGUACAAGGUUUGAAAGGUGUAACAUGAGGAAAACCUCACAGUUGCACUAUGAGUCAAGUGUUAGGAGAGGAUGGAAAGUAAGAUGAAACCUAGGGGCCGAAGGCACACUGCAAAGAACCUUAAGUAAUGCCUACAGUGCACUGCAUGAGGUCCACAGAUGGCACUACUCCCCUAAGGGGACCAGAAGAGGAGGAGCGUAUGUUGAUGUCCUGUCAGAGCCAUCAGAUACUAUCUGCAUAGGACGGAGACUUUAAGAGGAAGUUCGAAUUGUCUCUGAUGUUCGGUGAGAGACCCCUCCCAUCCUCUCUCCAAAAAUACUAUUUAGUUCUUUCUGAGAAGCUUGAUUCUGGAAGCUCAUAAGCAAUUCCAAGUUGAAGCUCUUAACGUAUUGGAAGUGAAGGCUCAUGAAAUUUGUGCUGUGGCGACUUCUUUAGCAUUUAGACAUAAAAUGCCUUUAUCCUCCAUCCGGCAAAGAUGUUCUGGAGGUCGAAAUCAGAGUUUUCUUCACAUUAUCUGAAGGACAUACAGUCUGUUUUUGAAAAUUGUAAUAGGUUGGGACUGUUGUCUAUAACUGGCAUGGUGUUGGGAGAGGAAGCAUAGGGGACCUCUUUCCCUCUGCUAUCUCCUCGCCUUGCAAAUUUAAGGUUGUUGAGUUUUUGGGAAGCCGGGGGGUACAAUGUACCCGGAGUACUCUCCAGUUUUUUAUGUUUAGGGUUGUGGUUUGUUUUAAUUUUUAGUGUAGGUGACAGUUCUGUUGAUUGGUUGUCUGGUCUUUGCCCAGGGCAAGGGCAAACUGUUUAUUUUUGUUAACCAUCAGUGAACCUCCAUGGCUACAAAAUCCCACCAUUAGUAGGGAUGAUCCUGCCCAUUACUGCCAUGUCUCCUACAGGUGAUGAGAGUGCUGACCAGAGGCAAUAUCCACCUGCAGCUGCUCUCUCACCAGGUAAGGUACUGCAAACAUUAUGUAAUGUGAGCAUAUUAUUGUUGUCUAAACCAAUAAGCUGUCCAUUUACCCACCUACCUUGGAAAGUGGAAUCAGCUUUGUAAUUGUUUGUUAAGUCACUUACGUGAAAAUAAUAUUUUUAUAAUAAAAUCAAGUUUCGCACAUACUAAACAAUUACAUAAUCAGAGCCCUCCCUCCUCUCCACAGAUGGAUGUUGUGGCUCAACGAAUUCACAACAGUUAGCUCUGCAGUACCGAGUAUUCCCAAAAGUGGGCAGGACCCGUAUCACCUACAAUGAUGGCAGCGCCGCCGCUGCCAAAUAUUUUUGACUGCCAGAACAAAACUGUACCACUGGAAGUUUUAAACCGUGAGUCUUCUAAUGACAACUUCAAGCACGAAGAUUUUUCUGCCAUAUCUUCAACUUAUCCCAAUUUUCGGGUUGUUUCAAGGUUUCGACGAUUUUGGGAUAUAGCGAAUCUUCAUACCAGCGAUGAAGUACUACUACUCCAGGAAUGGGCAUCUGGACGCCGACCGGUACCCGACUUGUUAAUUGUUGGUUAUACGUCAUGGAUGCUGUAUCUACACGCUGAAAGAAUAGACUACAAAACUCAUAUUCAUUUAGAUGUUCUACACCUACUGUUCGAGUUGCAUCAAGUAAUAGUUCCUCUUCUGAAAGAGGUAUCUCUCAGAACUAAAGUGCUCGUUCAUGCAGACACGCGUCUUCGCCCUUUUAGCAAAUCCUCUAAGACAUAUGACCUCUUUAAGAAAAAUAUCUUGUUUCAUAAUUCGCUUAUAGACUGGAGUGAAAUGAUUUUUUGGCACUUCCUGAAAUCUAGUCAAGAUUAUCAGAAACGAAUGGAUAACCAGUCAGCUUUUAUUUCUCAUUCCAACAGAGUUUUAAAAGAGUUUUAUGAAAGAACUAAAAGUCAAUUCAUGUCAGCAAAUCAUGAAGAUGAUACUACAGUCUCAAACGACUCAUUUGUGAACAUACGAAUGGACUUUGAUGGGAUACCUCACAGGGCUGAUCCCAAAGACCACCUGAGGCACUUUGGAUUAUGGUGGUGGGACACGACAUUGGUCCUUAAUUUGGCCACAAUUUCUGAGUGCGGAAAAUUAUACAAACUUAAUUUGCAGAAUCAUCCUUUAUAUAAUAGCCAACAACUGAGGUGUAGAGACCACCAUCAUGCAGGGAACAGCACCAAUGAAGUAGAAGUACUAAUGAUUCUCAAUCUUCUAUGCAACUCGGUUGUCCACACUACUGAAGAAUACUGUUGUUCUUGAUUUACUUAAUAAACACUUUACUUUCUGGUAUCAGUGAAUCACUCU